CACAGACGGACGUUGUACCACGGUUUUCCUACUUUUUUUUUCCGGGACCUGAACGCGCUCGCGACUUGUCUGUAGUGCCACGUCACCACACGUCACUACCGCACCUGCGCGGCCAUCUUGAACCUCUUGUCAGCAGCGGACACAGAAAAGCAGAAAACGGACCUAAAUACACAGACCUAACGCGACGAAACACGGAUAUGUCCACUAGAACUGAGGCCAUAAGCAAGAGCAGAGACUGAAUUCAAACUAGGGAGCAGCAGCGGAGACGAUACUACAGCCUUCUAAGUGCCUCGGAGACCCGGACCUUCAAGUCUUAUCUUUCUUUUUGCCGGAGUAGGAAGGAAGAGUCGAGUCACCGACUGAAAAACACAUCCAGCGUGAAACCAUGAAUCCCGAAUAUGACUAUCUGUUCAAGCUCCUGCUGAUUGGAGACUCUGGAGUAGGAAAGUCCUGUCUUCUGCUGCGAUUUGCAGAUGACACCUACACAGAGAGCUACAUCAGCACCAUCGGAGUGGACUUCAAGAUCCGCACCAUUGAGCUGGAUGGCAAGACCAUUAAACUGCAGAUUUGGGACACUGCAGGUCAAGAGAGGUUUCGUACCAUCACCUCCAGUUACUACCGUGGAGCCCAUGGUAUCAUAGUCGUAUAUGAUGUGACAGAUCAGGAGUCCUAUAACAAUGUCAAGCAGUGGCUUCAGGAAAUCGACCGUUACGCCAGUGAAAAUGUCAAUAAGCUUCUGGUGGGCAACAAGUGUGACCUGACCACCAAGAAAGUAGUGGACUACACAACAGCCAAGGAGUUUGCUGACUCUUUGGCCAUCCCCUUCCUGGAGACAAGCGCCAAAAACGCCACCAAUGUAGAGCAGGCUUUCAUGACCAUGGCCGCAGAGAUCAAGAAGCGCAUGGGCCCCGGAGCCACAGCUGGUAGCGACAAACCCAACUUAAAAAUUGAGAGCACUCCCGUCAGGCAGUCCGGAGGGGGCUGCUGCUAAAGGACCCCCACCAUCACCAUCUCCACUUCGACAUAUCCCUCUCCUCUCCCUCUGUGUUCCCCUGCCAUCAUCUCAGCCAUUCCCACACCCCACCAUUCCACCCUGUAACCCACACCCAGCCCUCUGACCCCCCUCUGUCAGCCUGCCUGGAGACACAGGAUUGUUGAGGCAAACGAAGAACUGAACUGUAAGAGUGUUAAGAUCAGAGAACUGAUUUAAAGUUUUGUGAGGAUUAAUUCAGGCCUCUAUGCUCAACAAACAACAGAGAGAAGAAAACAACCAGUGUGAGGGAGGAACAAAAACAGACACCAGGGCAACUUUUACUUUCUGCCAAGAGGACAGAAAGGAAAAAACAGAUAUGGGGGGAAAUUGAUAUUGAUUUAUAGUGGAGUGGAGGCAGUGGAAGAUGAAGUUUAGAAACCACACACACACACACACACACACACACACACACACACACACACACACACACACACACACACACACUCUCCCAUGGCAUGGGGUUAAGAGAUAUAUGCCUUUUGGUCAAAUACUUCUCUCCUCAGACUGCAUCUAUCUUUGCUGAUCUCAUCUUAUGCGCCCGCCCCCCCCGCCCAACCCACAGCCCAAAGUUUUGGUUGUUGGAAUUAUUUACCUGCACAAACACACCACCGGGUGCAGCGUGCUUGAGUCAUUCUCUGUAGAAGCUCUGUACGCAGUAGGAAGUGCUCACUGCUAACAGUGACUCAUCAUUGUCAUUUAUUGAGCAACAUUCACCUCAUUAGUGUGAAUGUGAUCAGUGGACCGUCAGUGUAGUCCAUGUCGAUUGGCCCCAACCAUCCAAUAUACCAGCUGUACAGACAUUAGCUGUAGGUAGAUGCGCCGGCUUCGUGUAUGGGAAUGUGCUUGUGUGUGUCUGUGUUCAGCUCAUUCUCUGACUGAUUUCAGAGUUCAGCAGGAAGUCUGGUUCUUUUAGUUAUUUCUUUUCAGCUUCUCAGCCUGUACCUUUGUUGUCUCUGUAUGUUUAAGAAGCAGAUCCAUCUUUUGCUAAAACUCAAGUAUUUUCAACUUGCACAGAUGCGCCUUCUGCUAAGUUUGUGUCAGAUUUUCAUCUAUCUGCCAUUACUUGUCUUUUCAUUGAUUUUAUAUGCAAUUACACUUUGUAAAAUCGGACUUAGGCCUCUAGUGCCUCUUCUCAAAAGACAGAGGCUCAGUGACAUUUUCUGCAUUCUCGCAAAAGGAACUUAGUGAUUUAGUGACCCAAGUAUGAGCCCAAAAAUUUGAUUAUGCUGAAGGAAGAUCUACACGCAAAGACAGUAUGACAGAAGCAUUAACCAAGGGAUUCCUUAACCUAACUCCCUGCUCAACGCUUGUGGUGGAAGAGGAGCUGGAGGCUCAGUUAAAUCCUCAUCUUGACAGAGCUAGGAUGGAGGCGGUUGUUUUGAGAACUUAAAUAUACUGUUAGUUUUUCUCUUUAGUCUUCACAGUAAUAAUUUUGCAUAGAAAUGAAAGAAAUGUAACACUUAGCACAGUGACCUGCUGGAAUGACACUAAAUAUUACUGUAAGAGGGCAGAUAGCGUCGGACACAGAUGACAAAGUAUGAUUUAAAA